CCCAAGAUUUGGUCUAAAUCAAAUUCAGUACCUAUUUCACCAAGCUUCCGUAUAGUAACCGACACUGUGCAUCAAAUUUCCAGCAACACAUGAAAAAAAACCUAAUCUACAAUGUCAACUCAGAACUCAAAUGUCUAUCACGAAAGACAAAGAUUACAGUUCUGUCUCAUACAUACUCUCAAUUCACUCUUUCAGCAAAAAGAUGCUUUUACUAGAGCAGAUUUGAAUGCAAUUUCUGAGAAACUAGCACUUGAUGACACCUCCAACAGUGACUCAUGGACACCGUUUUCUAUGCUGUUCAAGCCCCAUCAUAAUGCACUGACUGGAAACUAUGAUAUAAAUGUUCUAAUAGCUGCCUUGGAAGAGAAAGGGAAGAGUGUAGUUUGGCACGAUCGGCGAAAUGGAUGUUCCUCGAUUGAUCUUGAUGCGCCGGAAGAUGUUCUGAUGGGGGUUGUGGUUAAUGUUGCGGUGAAAAGGUUUGCUGGGAUUUGGAAAGGUAGGCAUUGGAUUGCUUUGAGGAAGAUUGAUGGGGUUUGGUAUAACUUGGAUAGUGAUCUUCAUGGUCCUAAAUGUUUUCGCGAUCAGGAUGAAGUGAGAGAGUUUUUGGAUUCUAGCAUUGUUGGUGGUGGCGAGGUUUUGCUUGUCAUGAAUCAGAAACAUCAGGCGUGAAAUUUUUUGGUUUUUCAUGAUAAACACACUCACAAUGAGAAAGAGUGAAUUAAAUAAUCCCUAUAAGUACUUCUUACUCAAGCACACAAGACCUUCCUCCUUCCAAAGCUCUCUCCUACAAUACUUUUAACUUACAACAGUAGCUUCACAAGAAUAUUAAUAUUAGCAUCAUCAUGCAAACAAUAGUAAGCAACAAAAUGAGUCACAAUGAGAAAACAACCUCAUCAUGGAGACAAAAUUCUAAUAGAAAAUUGGCCAGAAAUCGGCAUGUCAGAAGCUGCACAUUCAGGAUUCCUUGGCAAUCUGAAUUCUCUCCCAUUGAGGUUUUCAA